AUGAUCACCUCAAUACCAUCCGUCCUUGCUGCUUCUCUCGGCCUAGCCACUCUCGUUCACGGCCAGGCCGACCCAAAGCUAGUUGGCACUUGGACGACAAAAUCAAAGAAAGUCAUCACUGGCCCUGGGUUUUACGAUCCCGUCGCAGAUAGAUUGAUCGAGCCUCCGCUCGCCGGCAUCUCCUACUCAUUCACAGCCGAUGGCUUCUACGAAUCUGCUUACUACAGAGCCAUCCCCAACCCAACCACUCCACAAUGUCCCGAGACGGUAAUGCAAUGGCAGCAUGGCACCUACUCCCUACCCGGGAACGGGUCUAUUGUCAUGAGCCCCUUCGGCGUUGAUGGCCGUCAAUUGACAUCUGCUCCUUGCAAGUACGACCAGGCCACCUAUAUCCGCUACAAUCAGCCCGAGUUGAUGCAACGCUACGAAGUCAUCACCGACCCUUUUCACAAUGUACCCCGAAUGAAUCUCUUCAAGUUCGACGGCUCUCCUUUACAGCCCUUGUACUUGAUCAUGAGUCCGCCUCAGAUGCUGCCCACCCAGACUUUGAACCCAACCGCUGUCCCAAGUGCCACGGGUUCAAAGUCGAAGAGAGGGUUGGACGGUGGUGACGGGAGCCAACAGGUCCUCGAGCCACUGAAUAAAAAUGCCUUGAUCGAACCACAAAAACCCCACAAUGCAGACACGUGGUGGUGGGCCGGUGUCGGGCUCACCGCACUGGGGACCGUCUUGUACAUGAUGCCAACCUCGUAUUGA